CCAUUUCCCAGAUUCGGACGCAAAGGAAGCCGUCUCCAAAGAGGAGGUUGCUUUCUCCCCUGUCUAGCUUUGCAAGGUGCUGUUCAUGGAGGAGCUGUUAUUGCAGAUUUAUUAUUUCUUUGUGUUAUGCAAUUUCCCCAUUUAGGGAAGAUGGGAUGGACCAGGAACCCCUCGGUGGAAACUAAGAUCCUGAACAAGAAUGAAGAGGACAAUCCCUGGUGAGAAGUGGAGUUUGCAAAGAGUGUGCUCUCCUUCUAUGGAGAAGCCCUGUUUAUCUGGAGCAUCCCUUUCCAAGGAACUGAGACAGAUGAAAGGCCAGACAAUGUCUAACAGCUCACAGUGGUUGAAAGGAUGCCUACAACCAGAGUCAGAAGACCAUGAAUGGGACGAGGCCUCUGACAGUAGUUCAGUUGUCUUUAUUGAGGAGAAGGGAGACAUUGGAUGUGUGUCUGAUCUCAUGGAUGCCAGAGAUAUCUCUGGCCUGAUGGAGGCUGCCAUAGAGAAAAGAUCCUUGAUGGAAGAAACAGAAAUGUUUCUUUAUCCAGAGAGCGGUCAACCAAGGGUUGAGCUUCCAUCAGAAGGAUCAGAAGAAAUCACUCACCAAAGAAAACACUGCAACAAAGCUGAAAUGAUAUGUCCAGAGGCAGCUUGGCUAAGCCAGGAUUCUGAAGAGAAGGAAACUGGAGACUUUGGCUGUAAUGGUAGAUCACCACUUGGAGUUGAAUCCGAGAUAAAUCUUGAUCCGGAAGGAUCCAGUGGAGAUGAAUUGGAAGAGGUCUCAUAUUGGGGAGGAGCUGGUAUGGAUGAAACAGACAUUGGGGGACAUUCGGAGUUAGUUGUUUAUCAGGAUGGUUCUCCUUUAAGGGCCAUAUCUAGUGGGGAUGAAUCAGAAGAAAUCCACUCACAUCAAGGUGCUUUUUCCAGGAAUGGAUCCAACAAGAAAGCAAUGAAUACGUGGGCUGUCCCUGUACAGGAACUAGUCACUGAGCAACGACCACCCAAGCCGCGUCAUAUCUGCAGCGAGUGUGGACGUAGCUUGGCCAGCCACUCAGCCCUUGUCCGCCAUUGCCUUAUCCACACCGGAGAACUUCCUUACGAAUGCCCAGAGUGCGGGCGCCGCUUCCGACAGUCCUCUGCCCUUGUCCGCCACAUUCGGGCCCAUCGGGGUGAGCGUCCGUACGUUUGCGGUGAAUGUGGGAAAGCAUUUGGGGUCAGAUCAGCUCUGGUUCGCCAUCAGCGAGCACUGCACACAAGCGAGAGGCCCUAUGUCUGUGCUGAGUGUGGGAAGGCUUAUGCAGACCUUUCCAUCUUGACAAAACACCAGUUGAUUCACAUCAAUGGGCGCCCAUUUUCUUGUCCUGACUGCGGCCAAUCAUUUGGGCACCGCACCACCUUGAUUCAGCACCGACGCAUCCACACAGAGGAGCGACCAUAUCGUUGUGCGGAAUGUGGGCAGACUUUCCGUCAGAAUUCUGCCCUCGCCAACCACCGCCAAGUCCAUUCCGGCAAACGUCCCUUUUCUUGUCAAUACUGUGGCAAAGCCUUUGCAGGCAGACCUACUCUAGUCCAACAUUUGCGUACUCACACGGGGGAAAAGCCAUACACUUGCCAGGAGUGCGGCCGCCAGUUCAGCACCAGCUCCAACCUCCUGCAGCACCGGAGAAACCACCUGGGUGAACGUCCCUUUGCCUGCUCCUUGUGUGGCCGGCGUUUUGCUCGACGGCCAGAUUUGGCUCGGCAUUAUGUCACACAUGCCGAAGGGAGCAUCAGGCCUCAUCGGUGUGGGGAUUGUGGGCGACGCUUUAUGGAGCUGGUGGACUUGGAGCAACAUCAAGCCACCCAUCGUGGAGAGCGUCCCUAUGUUUGCAGCUACUGUGGCAAAUCCUUUACGGAGGCCGCAACCCUGGCCCGCCACCGACGGUCGCACCUUCCCACUGCCAAACAGACCUACAAAUGUGACGACUGUGGGCUGACCUUUGGGCAGAGCUCUGACCUCUUAGCCCAUGGACGGAUACAUAGCGGGGAGAGGCCAUACGCAUGUGCGGACUGUGGCAAAGCCUUUGGCCGUAGCUCGAAUCUGUCUCGCCACCGGCGGGUGCACACCCACGAGCGCCCUUAUGUUUGUGGAGACUGUGGGAAGAGCUACACCCAAAGCACCCACCUCAUGGAGCACCAGAGGCAGCACACGGGCGAACGGCCCUAUGAAUGUGGGAACUGUGGACGGUCCUUUGGCAAGAAGGGGCAUUUGGACUCCCACCAGCGUGUUCACCGCCUCUUGCCGGGAUCUCCAGAGAGGCAUGAUGAGUCCCUUGUGGAAUGUGAUGAUUCUGGAAGUCCACAAGAUAUAUAAAAGCAUCUAAGGUGGCAUGAGUUUUGGGUCGGGAAGUGGGUUAAGGGGUUAGGGAAGAUCUAAUUGCAGCAUGACUUAGCCCUAAAACUCUUCUAAAUGUCACAGUUCUGCUCUAGUCACUAGGAUAGAGUUCCUUACCAUGAGUGACCCUACACAGAGCUUCACUGUUGCUCACAUGUCUUGACAAGUGAGAAGAAGGUAUUCCUGGAAAGGUGAUUAUUUGUGGAUUCCUGUACCAGUAGAAAUGUUCUUGACUGGCUAUUGGCGCUUCUAAACUGCUCAUAGACUUUCUAACAGCUGGAUAGGUUGUUGGGCACAAGAGAAAACCCAAGAUACGUGCUAAAUUCCCAGUCUACAGUCUCUCUCUCAUGCCAUUCCUGCUAACAUAGGUCAUGGUAGAUCUUACAAGUGACUCUAACCAUUAGAUUCCACUUCCCUUCCAAAAUGGGGAAACACGGUCUCUUAGGCUUUGCCCCACUGCUUCUAUCUGAUUCUUUCAACCCCAAAUGAAACUGACAAAACUGUAGUUCACGUCUUCCAUCAUGUAAAUGUUUUGUCCCCUGUAUCCCAUCUCAAAAAUGUUGGGUCUCAGUAGCUAAAAUUCAAGUGCUAUCCUGCAAGGUUGAGCUGGAUCUCUCCAGAGAAAGCAGCAUUAUAAUUGGGCUACUUGUCUGUCUCAAGAACCCCUCCUCUACCUCACCACCCUUCAAGCUGCUAGGUUUUGCUUUAAUUCUGCUAAUAAGAGAAAAGAAUAUUCUUGUUUAUAUAUUCAAUAUGAGUGUGAUGGUUGGUUUCUCUGUCUGUGUAAAAGUGUGAUUUUUUUAGAAGUUCCUAUUCAAAUAGGCAGUGAAAAUACAUAUAUAAAGAACAUUUUCCUGAGUUUGUGUUUUUAAGCCUCUGGGAAGCUCAAACAUAAUACAUAAGAGGCUUUGAGUCCAAGGAUUUCUAGAGAAGGGUAUGUAGGGAAGCAUGAGGAGAAAGAACUUAUGCUGGUUUUUGCAUUGGGAUAGCCUUAUCCACUAUAAGGAACAGGUUAGUUUAUGGGUCACAGCACAAAUGACAUGGCAUGUAUAAAUCUGGACUUUCAACAGCGAGAAAGGCUGUUGUAUUCAGGAGGAGAGGAUGGUAGGUUGCCAUUACAUCCAUCUGAAGCAAUUGCUUCACCAUGGCUAAUACUGGUUGAGUUUCCCUUAUCCAAAAUGAUUGGGGCCAGAAAUGUUUCGGAAUUUGGAUUUUGGAAUACCUAUAUUUGCCGCUUUGAGUCUCAGAAGCUGCUUUAGAUCUCAAAUAAGAAAGGAAAGCAGGAUGAUGAUAAUAAUAAUAAUAAUAAUAAUAAUAAUAAUAAUAAUAAUAAUAAUAAUAGAUGUACAUGUUGAGAUAUCUCAGAGAUAGAAUCUAAGUCUAAAGAUGGAAGUUCAUCUUUUAUAGAUAAUUUAUACACAUAUCUGAAGGAAAUUAAUAUGCACAAGAUUUAGAAUGAUUUUGUGAGUGAAACUAGGUUUGUGUACAUUAUACCACCGGAAAGCAAAGAUGUCAAUAUCUCAGCCACAAUUUGUUUUUGGGAUAUUUCUGAUUUUGGAAUUCUGGAUAAAUGAUGCUCAAGCUGUAAUAGGGCUGGUCUGGGUGGUAAUACAUCACAUCCAGAUGCUGAACUGCAAAUAUUCUUCACAAUUGGCUAUACUCUUAGGGUGGAUGGGAGUUGCAAUCUAAUAACAUCUGGAAAACUUUGGUAUUCCUUGCUUUAAAGUGUAACAUACCUGUAGGUAUGAGGCAUGAUGCGUCAAACUUGGUUUAUUGGGGAGAAUGACAUCUAUUUUAUGGAAAUAAUAUUCCCCUCUCUGGUGUUGUAUAUUAUAUUAUCAGCCAUGUACCUGAUGUGCUCAGUAUUAUAACGUUAUAGUGAUAAUAUAUCAUUUUGGAAAUAAGUUAUAUUUUGAGUGUGAGGCAUCAUUUCUUUUAAGCGUUUAAUAAACUCAAUAGCAGCA